ACAAUCUUUGACAAGGCUUAUGGGGCAGCUUCCGGUGAGAAAAUGACACAUGACCUUGAAGCUUCCAUCAAGUCUUACAAUCAGGAACAGGGUCUAGAGUGCUGCAAAAUGGAUCAGGUGAAUGACAAGUUGGUGAUUGCAUUGUGCACACCCCUUAUGCGAAGGAUCCACUCCAAACAUCAGUGUGGCGGGGAGCUUGUAUUUGUGGAUGCAUCAGGUGGGAUAGAUAGAUAUGAUUGUAGAAUGUUUAUGAUUCUGACACACAGUGUGGCUGGAGGAUUGCCACUUGGAUGUUUGAUAACCACAUCUGAGUCUAAAGAGACUGUUGUUGCAGCACUCAAGUUGUACCAGCGGAUGAUUCCAGAGGAUGGUUUCUAUGGAAGAGGAGAACAAGGCCCAGUUGUUUUCCUCACUGAUGACAGUGACAGCGAACGCCAGAGUCUACAAGAAGUAUUCCCAAAUUCAAUCACCCUCUUGUGUGUCUUCCAUGUACUUCAGGCCACUUGGCGAUUUCUGUUGGAAGGCAAAAACAGCAUCCGUAAAGAAGACCGACCCCGUUUGUUGGAAUUAGUUAAAGGCAUGGUGUAUGCUGACACAACUGAACAUCUUGAAGAGAAGUAUGACAAAAUGAACAGAGAUGCCACUGUCAAAAAAUACAGCUGCUUCCUGAACUGUACGAAACACCUGUAUGAUCGAAGACAGCUGUGGGCAAUCUGCUUCAGACGUGACCUACCUCUCCAUGGGAAUAACACAACUAACUAUAUGGAGGCCUCGAUGCGAAUCAUAAAGGAUCAGAUCUUUCAGCGUGUAAGGGCGUACAAUCCUAUUCAGCUUUUGGAUUUCUUGUUGACAAGAAUUGUCAGUUACUACGAAAGAAGGUUAUCUGAUCUAGCCAUUGGACGAAUUGAUGUAACCAUAUCCAAGAGAUAUCUUCCCAGGAAGGGUAAGAUCACUGCGGAGAUGGUGAAUGAGUUGGAGUUCCCCCUCUUUGAGGUUCAAAGUGAGUCAGAUCCGGAUAAGAAGGUUGACAUGUCAAUGGCAAUGUGCACAUGCAAUGCAGGCCUCAACGGUGCACCUUGUAAGCUUCAGUAUGCAGUUGUUAAGUUCCGUCAGGUGCAGUCUUUCAAUUUUUUCCCCAUCAAUGAUGAGAUCAUGCACCAGAGAUUACUCUUCUUAGCUACUGGACAGGAUCAUGUGCCUGAGGGUUGGUUUGAACCCCUUCGUAUGGAUCACACUGAAAGAUCCAUGUCAAGAAUGACAAAAAUGCAAGAAGUGGUACAAGUGCCUGACUCAGUCAACAUGAACAUUCCUUCCGAUGAGGAUGAAACUGAAGAAACAAGGCAGCACGAAGACCUAGGGAGUUCUGCACAGGAGUUUAGACUAGAUGAUUUGGAAGCAGGAUUGCAUUCCUUUGCAUCAAAGCUCACAGACCAAACGAGGGGGAACCCAGAGGAACUUGCACCAGCUGUACGCACCUUCAUCAGACAGUUGAAGAACUUAAGAACUCACUCAUCACCAGUUUCAGCAUUAAUGUCAUUCGGAAAAUACUGUGGAGUAGCCCAGUCAUUAAGUCAUCGACAGAGGGGCAACCUUCGUAGAAAAGGGGUCCAUAUUGGGGUACAGCCUAUUGCUGUUGCAUGA